GUGGGCACACUGUUUAGCGAAGCGGCAAUUUGCGGCGUCGAGACAAAACAUUACAAGUUAAAUGAUAUUUCACAACUCUUAAACAAUUAAACGCCAUGGAAACGAUCAACUUUAAUGAAUUUACGCCCAAGGAGCGCUACGAGAUCAUCAAGGCCUUUCUGGUCAAGAUGCAAGGGGCCAACUCCGUGCCCAGCCAGGACUGGCAUGUGCAGAAAUUCUUCAAGCAUUAUUUGCGUAAAUUCUACAAAGUGCCCGCUAAAUUGGUGAAUGAUAUAGCCUACUGCCAGCGAGCCAUGAAGUCUCAUCUUGUAGCACAUCAGACAAUUGUUGAUGCUUUUGGGCAACAAGAGGAUGCCGCCAAGAUCAAGAUCAAGAACAACUACCUGCACGAGCUGGAGGAAAUCUUGUACCAGUUAAAUGCAGAAUGCCAGUAUUUAGUGCUGCGUCUCCAGGACGACAUCGAUCGCUUCUGCUUGGCCUUCACCGAGCAUGACCUGAAGCCGGAUGAACUGGUCAUCACGGACAUUGUCAGUCAAUCCAUAGUGCCGCUCAUCGUUGACCCGGAAGUGUCCAUCAAACCGUAUUUCGUUGUGGAACGUCCCACCGAGGAUCAGUUGCUGAGGAAGUAUUUCGUCAUGGACAAUCCAGGGGAAGAGUCACUAAAACCCGUCGUGGCUCCGGAACCUCCACAACCGCUGCCGUUGGUCUCCCCAGCCAAUGUGGUCACAGCAAGCCGUCUUAAUCUGCAGGCAGCCCUCCAAAGAGCCCGCUCGCAGAACAAGCCAGCCGAGAAGAUGCCGGAAAAUGACCAGCCGAAACGCACCAAGGAGUUAUUUCUGCAGUCCGUGGGACUCUGCACGCACAAGGAGUACCAGCAGCUCAAGUUAUCAAUGAUACAGAUCCAGAAGCGGAAGCUGAAGCCAAGCGAGAAAACUAAAUAAUGUAAGCAAAGACCAAGUGUAUAUUUAAAGGUUGAAGAAACGAAGAAUUAUCUGUGUUUUAACGAUACAUUAAAGAUAAAUUAUUUAAUUUACGUUAUAAUUAAAUUGAACUGAAAUAUAUUCCAUUCAUUUGUGAUAAACGUGUAUAUUGCUCAGAA